AUGCCUGGGCAGCCAAAUUACAUCAGCCAUGUCGUGUCUCCAGACAUCCGUGCACCGCUGACUCGAGCUGCACUCAAGUGGCUUCAGAGCAGCGAGCCUCUGCUCCAACAUGCAACAGAGGCUGCUGCAGAUUCGCAGAUGCUGGCUGCGCGAAAGGCGCUGGGCGGUUUGUGUGACAAGCAUAGCCUGGAGUUUGCAGAGCUUGCCAGGCAUUCUGCCGCCCUGGGCCUGGAUGUUCAGAGCAUCGAUGACCACGCGCGGCACAUCCAACAGAUGCUGGAGGGAAUAUACAGCGAUGAAGGCUGGACGAUGUCGCACGAGUCUGACCUGAAGGUCCUGUACAAGCACGUGAAAGGUCAGCCGUAUCAUAGUGUAAGGAUGGAGGCUAUACUAGAUGCUCCAAUUGAGCACGCACUGGCGAUGGCAGUGGAGUUUGACCUUGUCAAGACCUGGAACCGCUUUGUCACCGAUAGUGUGAUCCUGCAUGCCAAGAAGCGCCGGUAUCCAUUCUUGAGCUAUUUCUAUGGCAGCAUGUGGACGCCCUUUGUGAUCUUUGGCGCCUGUGUCAAGGCAGAGGGUUAUGACAUUGGAGAGGAGGACAGGAGCUUGUUAGUAAGCCUUACUAACAUGACGGAUGAUGAUAUUGCCAAAUUUGGCCCGCUGCCAGCCGGACAUGAACGCCAUAGGCGAGGAUUUGUCGGCCCCAACAGCUGCAUGCGGCUCGAGGCGUUGCCUCCCUCAGCAGAUGGCAGGCCACGAACAAAGGGAGUUGUGGUGGCGCACCUGGACCCCCAAGUCCCCUUUGUGCCGCCCUUCCUCGUCAACUUUCUCAUCAAAGUGGCCUCUCCUUCUGCCUUCAAGAUGAUGAAAAAGGUGUUGGCGGGGCUCUUCCUCAAUCCUGAAGGAGACUACUCGCGGCGAAUAGAGGCCAAACCAGAAGUGAACGCUACCAUGCGGGCGCGCACCAAAGAGCUUAUAAAUAAAUUCUAUGGCGUGAGAGAUUAUGCGCCCCCUGUACAACAGCAGAAAUUGCCAGCCAAGAAGCAGCGUAGAGCCCUUUUGUUCAGCCAGCGCCGCUGA